AGUGGUUUUACCGUUUCGUUGUGUUUCUAACAGGUGCAGCAGUACUCUGUCCAAGAUUUUAAACCCGUAGAUGAGCACGAUUGAAGAGUAACUCACUUCCAGUGGAGAACUAAUUCAUCUAGACGUAUCAAUCAAGUUAAGCUGAUCGAAGCCACAUCUGAAGAAUUUAAAAUACGCUUGAUCGAAUACUGUAGAGUUCAAGGCUGACCAUGGCAGCAAAUAACACUUCUGUCCCAGAUAUGGAAAACGCGACGUCAUUAAGUGGUGAUGAUGUUCACGGGGCUAAAGUGUGGAUGACUCUCGCUUAUACUGUUAUCUUUAUCUUUGGCUUCUUUGGUAACACUUGUAUCAUUUACAUUGUGGCAACUCGUGCGAGAAUGAAGACUACUUUCAAUUUUCUAAUUGUUAACAUGGCGAUCGGCGAUCUGCUGGUUUCUAUUUUCAUUAUGCCUUUUGAGGUGAUUUUUUUGUACAUUGGAUUGACGUGGUUACCCGGUGGCUUUGGAUCAGUGACCUGCAAGUUUGUUAAAUUCUCAGGGGUUCUGUCCAUAGCAGCCACUAUUAUAACCCUCGUGUUUAUAUCAUUGGACCGCUACUUUGCCAUUCUUCAUCCAUUCGCCGACGUCCCCAUUAUUCGGAACACUAAAUUAGUUACCUCUCUGAUUUGGAUUUCAUCUUCGCUGUAUUUCUCUCUGUAUCUGGUUCUUUAUGAUAGCGUGCCUUCUGCUGACGGAUCUUCCUGGGAAUGUAGAAUGAUCUGGAGCUACUUAUCCUCAGACAGGAUGAAACAAUUCGAAAUUGGCAGAGCUUACUUCAUGACAACCUUUGUGGUGCUGUAUCUGUUUGCACUUGUAAUCAUUGCAACCUUGUACAUUCUUAUUGGUCGUCGCCUCUGGUCACGUGUGAUUCCGGGGGCUUCAACUGCCAGUCAAAAGCGUCAAAACGAGUCGUCUAAAAGGAAAGUACUGCGCAUGCUCAUCAUUGUUGUUGUUGUCUUUGCGCUGUGUUGGCUGCCGAGUCACAUUAUGCAUUUGAUGAGUUAUUUCUUCACCCCGACUUACGUUGCUUUAAUUUCACACGAGUACUUGGAAUCCAGCUUUUACUUUCUGUCGCACGCCAAUAGCGCUAUAAACCCGUGCCUGUAUAUUUUUCUCAACCAACGAUUUAACCAUGAAUUUAAAAACGUUGUCCGAUCUCUUUUCUGUCGUCCAGCCAAAGAAGACCUAUUGGGUCCUCAGUCAGUUUACCAAAGGUCUACUGAAGGCACGAUUUCCAUGAAAUAAGUCUAGCUCCAGUGAGGUCUUUCUGUCAAAAAACCGAUACAUUCUAUUCUUUCUCACUGGAAGCAGAACUUUGUGUGGUGUGAUAUUUAGGUCAGGCUCGGCUUGCAUUUCUAUUGGUAAUUUCAUAUAAGCUGGAUUGAAUCCAACUUACUGUGACACAAAUUAAUUAAGGGAAUAAGUCACGUUAUUCUUGGUCAUUUUAUGUGACAUGCGAAACUGUUUUCAAAAUAUUAGUUUGGUCCAAAAAAAAUAUUAACGAAAAAGGAUUAGGGAUAGCCGAUGAUGGAAAUGAUUUAAACGAAUUAAAAAUGAUAAACCUGCGUACUUGACCAACUGCCAAACCAACAAUAGGCCGAGUGUUUCUCCUAUCAAACGAUAGCUCAACGGAAAGAGAAGUAUAAGCAGAUGGGAAACACCUUCAAAACAUCAGAGAAAAUUUUGUUGUCUAGAGAUACUUAAAAAUUGUUGACAAUGCGUACAGUUUAAAUACAGAUUCAUUUUGCAAACGUUUCGACAGACUAUGUAAAUUUUUAUCACUUGUAUUCUGGUAGAAGCCAACAACCAGAUCACAGCAAUCAAACAUAGCAAGAUCUUUAAUUGCUUUGAGCUGGUGGUCUGCAGCCACAGUGCUCGCUUACGAGCCAGCUCCCAAUACAUUUAUCGUUAAAUAUCUUAUUGUCAAUCAAGACUAUUCAUGUGUUUGUAAGCCAACAGAAAAAUAUCAGAUCUCAAUAGUUAACAUGUAUGUUUUUUAUGUUUUCAAGAUAUAUAUAAUUCUGUAAAAUAACGUUGUCUGAGCCUUUUCUACAGCAAUAAGAUUCGACAAGAGAUCUCACGUGAGCACGAAUAAUUAGGAAACUCAGUAAUUUAGAUUUAGCCUGCAUAGAGUCUAAGAAUAUCAACACAGUUAAUCGCAUCAUACAUUUUCAUCUAAUAAGGUACUUCAUAACUUGUAUUUUAGCGAGGCUUCUGUCGAGCAAACAAGCUUCAUACCUAAACUGAAUUUGUGAGACUCUCUGUGAUGGUAAAUGUGUUUUGUCUUACAUAGAAAAUCAGCGUGCAAUGGUAGGACGAUUUUGACUUGAGUGUAUAAAGUAAUCCUGGGUUGCACUGAGUUUGUUUCGUUCUAUGAUUGGUUUAAAAAACUCGCGCUACCCUCUAAACUGAUUGAUCAGUGUAAAUACUAACUCCAAUUACUUUGUGUUUUUUUAGUUUUAUGUCACUACUCUCAAUCAAAAUUCACCCUCUUCUUGCUUGAAUCAGGUAACCUGCGAGCAGAGCCUCAUUGUCAGCGACUCUUCAAUACAGGCGCCUCUUCGCCCACGAAAGUUUGAGGAGGCCUUGAGCAAUGCGUGCUGGCGAGAGGUUUGCUUGUUAUCAGACACUGAUAAUGUGGCCAAUCCAGGCAAAGAAACGUUCGUCCCGCAGUGCUUAAAACGAGGGCCUUCUCGUAAGCCAUGAAUCAGACAUCGAAACUCAAAGAGAAAAAAGAAGUAUUGCAACGAGAGUUAAUGUAACUUAUCCCCUGAUAAUUAACUCUUUUGACACUUGUACUACGAAAGACCGGCUUGCUCCAUAUACGUUUUCAGGUACAAAAUAUAAUUCAAAUGCAAAAAUGUAGUUCGCGAUUUUGUCAACUUUUUCAUUAAUAUAGACAAAUAAAAUCGAAAGUUUCUUCUCCUC